AUGGCGGAAGGUUCACUCACCGCAGCCCAGUGCAACACCAGGAGAGAAAAGCUGGAGGCCCUCAUGCAGACCCCCGAAUCGGGGACCACACCAGGUGGCAUAUUCCAGGGUUCGACACCUGCAAUAGCGUGGAGGGACAUGGCAUACCCCCCACACUCGAUGGGCAAACAACGGAGCAGACGCAGCCAACACAGAGAGGCCAAGACCCAAGAGACUCUCAUGCUACACCUCCAAAGGCUGCCCCACAGAGUUGUAUUGACAUGGCAAAGACCCAAGAGAGGCACAGCCCCCCUGAGAAGACGACGAAGCACAAGGCCCAUAAUGGCAGCAAUGCCAACGCAAUGGCGACCAGUCCUGCAGCCACUUGGCAAAGGGACAUUACACCCUCUCACACCCAAGCGACCAAACAGGCCACCAUGCGACGACCGGGGCACCCCAGACUCCCCAGAAGCAAGGAUGUAUGCUGCACAGAGAAUUGGAAGUGGUCGGAGAUAG